AUGAAACUGUGUACAGCUGGAUUACCAUCCAUGUUCUGUUCAUAUUCAAUUCAAAACCACUCUCUCUCUUUUCAUAACCCGCUCACUCACUCUCUCCUCCGCUAUAUAAACGAAACGACACCAUCAGAUUCAGACACUGCUUGGCAAUGAGUUCACAGACGCAGCUUCCGUGUGACAGCGAAGGCGUGUGUAUGGUCUGCAAGGCCGUGCCUGGGGAGGAGGAGAGGCUCCUAUGCGUCACGUGCGAUACUCCUUGGCAUGUGCCUUGCCUGUCUGCCGCUCCACCCACCCUCGCAGCCACGGUUGGGUGGUCGUGUCCCGAUUGUUCUAUUCUGGACUCUGAGGUUCCGCCGGCUCCGGCUCCCGUCCGCAACGAGCUCGUGGCUGCAAUGUUGGCGGUUGAGAAGGACGCGUCUCUCACCCAAGACCAGAAAGCCAGAAAACGCCAAGAACUCAUGACUGGGGAGGCUCCCGUAGAAGACGAGGCGGAGAAACCGAAUAAAGUGUCCGUAUCUGAUAUUCUCACUCGAUCUCUCAACUGCUCCAUCUGUAUCCAGUUACCCGAGAGGCCUGUCACGACUCCGUGUGGGCACAGCUUCUGUUUGAAGUGCUUUGAGAAAUGGGUCCGACAAGGGAAGAGGAGCUGUGCCAAGUGCCGGCAGGCUAUCCCGGUGAAGAUGGCAAGCCAGCCCCGUAUCAAUUCUGCCCUCGUAUUUGCAAUACGCAUGGCCAGGGCGGCAUCGAACAACAAUGGCGGCAGCGUAGGUGUGCGGAAUGUUAACCAUUUCCGGCACAAUCAAGAUAGACCUGAUGAGCCGUUUACUACUGAACGUGCACAGAGGAAUGGUCGUGCAAACGCGGCUAGUGGGAAAAUAUUCGUCACCGUGCCUACGGACCAUUUUGGUCCUAUCACCGCAGAGAAUGACCCUGUGCGAAAUCAGGGUCUGUUGGUUGGUGAAAGUUGGAGAGACAGACUCGAAUGCAGGCAAUGGGGUGCUCACUUCGUCCCUGUCGGUGGCAUUGCUGGACAAUCAGACCGCGGUGCCCAAUCGGUUGUUCUUUCUGGUGGUUAUGUGGACGACGAGGAUCACGGAGAGUGGUUUCUCUACACCGGAAGUGGUGGUAAGGAUCUUAGCGGCAACAAACGCACCAACAAGAGUCACUCUUUUGACCAGAAGUUUGAGAAGUACAACCGUGCCCUUCAAGUUAGUUGCCUCCAGGGUUAUCCAGUUCGAGUUGUCAGGUCAGCACCCUUUCUUUCACCUGCUUCAUACUCUAAUUCGUGCAUUCACUCACCUCAUACGGACACAGGAUAUAAUACUGCGAUUGUAAUUUAUAACUCAAAGGUGAUAGGGGUAGAAAGAGUGGGGAAGCUAAUACAAGUUCAACAGCAUGAUGAGCAGAUGCAGUAUAUACUACGCCAUCUCAACAUUGACCCUUUAAGGCCAACCCCUCCUGCACCGAGUACUACCCCAGAUGAUCCUGACCAUGCUGUUGAUGAUGCUCUUGAUGACAUAGCAGAAGACCCUUAA